GCAGAUUUUCGGCUCAGACAGCGGAUCCAAGGUAAUUUCUUUCUUGUACUUUUGACUUUAUAAUAAUCACAUUUCAGUUUAUAUUUUUUGUUUUGUUUUGAGACAACCUGCAUGGAGAGAUCUUUUCUUGCGGAUUCAAAGCUUUUUCAUCAUAUAAGUACAUUUAAUAUCUCUUAUUAUUGUAAAAGUGUUCCCUCUUCCCAAGUGUUUUCUCGAGGGAAGGAUUUUUUGGAAUUUUUUUCUAGCAAAUAGUCAUCCCCAUGAUGAAACAAAUAAACUCAUGACCGAGCUAUGAUGGACUUCGUUGGAUAGUUUUAAUUGUAUUUUAUUCAAUGCUAGUGUUUAUUGAUGUAAUCAGUACAGAAAAAUGAUCGAUGCGACGGAUAAAUCGGCAGUUAAUUGUAUUUGGAUUAAUUAACUUAUUAGUGACGUUAAUUAACCUGUUAAUGACCGUCCAGUACUAUCCUCUCCCUGUUCUUUAAGUGUUUAUAUCAAAUAUGCGCCCCCGCAAGGCAAAUCACUUCCUCAACAGAAGAUCGCAUCUCGUCUUCCUGUUUACCUAUAAUUAGUGGGCAUCAAAGCCAGAUGUUGGUAAAUUAAUAUAUCACUGCAUAUCUCGUUAUGAUCUAAAGCCGCACUCUUUAUCCACUACCGUCUAAUCCCUAGCACAGCGAGAUAUUUUUUUAAAAAUACCGUAAAGAUCUUUUAAUGUUAUAACCGAGUUAGACUGUAAUUAUAUAAGUAUAUCAGAAAAACAAAAGCCUCCUCAGCAUGAAGGCAUGUAUGAGUCAUGUGUAAGCAAUGCAUGGCGUACCUAUAUUAAAGCGAACAGACGUGAUAGAUUUUCACUCGUAAGCCAGAUCAGAUUGUUUAACCUAUUCCAACAAAGUAUCUGAUCUUACACACGAGAUGCCUUUCAAACCACCAGAGAGAGCUUUCUGCCCAAAGUGUAACCAGGCAGUAUAUGCUGCGGAAGAAAGGAUAGGUGCAGGGAAGAAAUGGCACAAACAAUGCUUCAAAUGCGGAUUGUGCAACAAGGGCCUGGACAGUACCACAGUGGCAGAACACGAGGGUCUUGUUUACUGCAAAGGCUGUCACGGGAAGAAGUUUGGUCCUAAGGGAUACGGAUUUGGAGGUGGCGCAGGCGCACUCAGCAUGGAAACCGGAAGUCAGUUCGGCAAUAAAGAAAGCGAGAUGUCCAAUCGUCCCACUGAGGCUGUAAUUGGUGAGAAAUCUGGCCCAGGACCGCAUUGUCCACGCUGUUUACGUACCGUGUACGACGCUGAGCGUGCCAUAGGCCUUAACGACGCUUGGCAUAAGUCGUGCUGUAACUGCCGGGAAUGCAGGAAGCCCUUGGAUGCAAGCACAUUGAGUAGACAUGAAACUGAAAUUUAUUGUAAAGGUAAAGUCUUGGCUAUUAUUUACUGUAAAAGUGGUCUGUGUAUCCAUAUCCAAAUUUUCACAUUUGAAUUUUCUUUGUUAACACCAUUAUGAUACAUCAGUUUACAACUAGAGGGAUUUCUAUGAAUGGAACUUUUUUUUAGAGAAAUGUAUUGUAUCAGUGUUUAAUGCAAUUUCAGGUUGUUACGCAAAGAAUUUCGGACCCCACGGUUACGGAGUAGGAUCAUUGGCAAAAUAAAAGAAGUAUUCCCGAACACGUCCAAAUUCUACCUGUACCCGGAUCAAUAUUUGUGUUUGAUGUAGUUUCCCGUUAAGUUAGUGGUUAAUAGCAACCAAGUUAUCCAGUGUCUUUUUUAAAUCUGAGCCAAUUUUUAUUAUUUAAAAGAUUUACCCGUGAGUUUUAGAAUACCGGAAGCUAUAAAAUCCAUGUAGAAAUAGAGUCAAUUAAUUCCGUGUCUUGCUUGUAUACAUACGUGUAUUAACAUAUACGUAUAUCGGGAAAAGUCCUCAAAUCGUCCCUGAGAACUUUCAGUCUUUGUUAGAAUACUAAAGCCUGUGAUGGAUCAUGUAGAUAUGGUGCGUUUAGAAUAGGAAUGUGAUAAAUAUUUAAUCUACAGAAAGUUUCAGAAAGCGAUAUUUUGUACGUCAUUUAAAUUUAAUAUAACUGUACAUUUGUGUAUUUGAGUGAAUAAACAUGUAUAAUUGUA